AUGGUAUCCGAGGAACUCUUUCAUGAGGUGUGUCACAGUCCGCUGGUGUCCAGUCUGCUGCCAUCGUCCUUCAGAAGCUCCUCGCAGUUAUCAGGCAGCCACGGGCCGGGCUUUGCUAAGCUCAACCGGAGAGAAGGAGCUGGAGGUUGGUCUCCUCUGAGCUCAGACAGAUAUCAGUGGUUGGAGGUCGACCUCGGUGGGCGGACACAGAUCACUGCUGUUGCAACGCAGGGCCGCUACGGCAGCUCUGAUUGGUUGACGGACUACCUGCUGAUGUUCAGCGACACAGGACACAACUGGAAACAGUAUCGCCAGGAAGACAGCAUUGGGGCUUUCCCCGGGAACAGUAACGCAGACAGCGUGGUCCAGCACAAGCUCCAGCAUCCGGUGAUCGCCCGCUACGUCCGCCUCAUCCCCCUGGACUGGAAUCCGAAUGGACGGAUUGGACUCAGGCUGGAGACCUACGGAUGUCCUCACAGUCAGUUUGGGCUUUUUUUUUUUUUAAAGAUGAAAGUAGAAAUGAUACCUUCCUGUUUCACGUCACUGAACGGGACAUCAUACGGUUCUCUGUCUGAACUUCUUUUCUGA